GGGUUUCCGUGACCGUGCCGGCUGUCACUGUUCCUGGGUCAGAGCCACCAACAACAGAACCGGAAGCUCCCAAGGUUGACCCCGCCAUUGAGAGAACGGCCGAGAUCCUCAGCAAAUGGAACACGGCACGGCGGAUGACCACCGUCUUCCCCACGGGCAGGUUCAAGGCUGCAGCGACACUUCUGACCGCGGCUGAUCUCGAGAAAGCUGCCGAAGCAACGGCGACCAAGGACGAGCUGGAAACGCCGACCAGCGAGGCUCGUGGGAGGAAAGUCCAGUACAACCUUCAGAAUUCGGACGAAGAACCGUUAGUAGACGGCCACAGUCUCGACGCCCCGACUGGAAGCAGGACGCCCUCGGCCGAAAAGAAGAAGCCCGUGUCUCCAAGGACUCCCAAACCUCUCCUAAAAUCUGUGGAAAAGCUGCGUCAUGUCGACGGGCACAGCCUCAAGAAAAGAAGGGGCAGCGGAAAAGAUGAGGAGAGGGAAACGUCGCGACGGCAUCCUGAGGGCGGACCUGCGGACGGGGACGACCAGUGUCCCAGGGAAACGCUUCCGCUUUUGGAGAUGUCCGAGGGCCUUCCCUACCCGGUGGUGCCGAGACCCGCACUGAUACGGGAGUUGAGCAGGCACCACGGAGAUCCGCACGACCUGCCCGUCCCCGAAGUGAACGUGGUACCGCCCACUCCUCUGCACGCAGAUCACGAAGCGAGGAGGACGCAUAUUCAGCGCUUGGAUACGGACUCUUUGUGAAGCAAGGCGCUUCCACAAGAACCAAUCUGUUCCUCUGCCCAGAUCGGACUGGAGUGAAACAGAUUAGAAAUGUG